UUGAGCUGGAUUUGAGAAGACAAGGUGGAGACAUGACACAAGUUGCUUCCCAGAGGUCAGAGAAACCGAAACUUGGUCACCUCGAACUCAGCAUCUCUUGCUCUCAAACCGGCGAAAAGAUACACCGGCGGAGAGGAGAAAGAGGAGGAGGGGGAAGGGAGAGGAGAGGAGAGGAGAGGAGAGGGAGGGGGAGGAGGCGGCGGCCCCCUCCCCCAGAUCGCAGAAGAUUUCCUUUCUCUCUUGGACAAUUGACCAGAUCCUUUCUCUCUCUCGCAGAAGAUUUCCUUUCUCUCUCUCAGUCAAAGGUGACAAGAGCCAUCGCGAUGAUUUUGACAUCUGGUGGCAACGACAGGCUCCGAUUUCUUUAGAAGCGGCAACAAUAAACGCGCGAUCGCGCGCGGUAAAUGAUUAACCUUGAUGCACAUGUUGGUUAUUUCCAAAACCACUUCCAUGAGCAGAAUGGUGGUUUCCAAACUACUAGUAGCUUGUGCUUAGAACUUUUCUUUCUGCAGUUUGUGUAGGUUUUUCGAACCUUUGCAUUUGCUUUGUUCUCAAAGCAAAUGCAAAGGUUUUACAAGUAUCUAUUCAGCACUUCUCUGAAACUUCUUAGCACAAACUUCUACUGUUCGCAUAACGGACAAGGGGAUUCUUUAGGGCAGCCGCCCUACAGUGCUGUAGGGCAUGCUCUUGUUUAACAAGUAUAUAUGCUUAUGUUGGUUGUUA